AUGAAGAUGAAUUCCCGGAUAUGGAGCCGCCUGCCGGAGCACCUCCUGGAGCGCGUCCUCUCCUUUCUCCCCCUCAAAACCCUCCUCACCCUCAGAUCCACCUGCAAACACUUCAACUCCCUCCUAUCCUCCCCUCUCUCCGCCUUCUCCUCCCGCCGCCGGCCGCCCCUCGCCUCCCUCAUCCUCCUCUCCCACCCCCAAUUCUCUCGGAUAUGCCCCCUUCUCAACGCAGCAACAAGCUCCUGGAACGGCGCCUCCCUCUCCCUCCCUCCAAAUCUCCCCUCCUCCGCCCUCGUCUCGUCCGCCGGCGGCCUCCUCUGCUUCUCGUCCCCGAGCUCCUCCUGCUUCGUCGUUUGCAACCCCGUGAGCCGGUCCACGCGCCGCGUGAUGUUCCCCAUCUGCCCUUUCCACUUCGAGCUGGCCACGCUGGUCCCCGCUCCCGACGGCUACAAGCUGUUCGUACUGUCCGGCAACGCACUCGUCUACGACUCCACCGCCGAGUCCUGGCGGGAGUAUUCAGGUUACAAUCGGAUGCUCGAGGACAACCAUCAUCAAAAGGGCGCCCUUCACAAUGGUCUCCUUUUCUUCGCCACGCCUGAGCCCUUUCGAGUGGUGGGCUUCCAUUUAGAGACAGGGAACUGGGAAACUUUGCGGGCCGGGCUGCCAGACGAGCUGACUUUCGUCCGCCUGGCGAGUGAUGGGGCCAGCAAGCUGUACCUCAUUGGUGGAGUGGGGAACAACGGUAUCUCGAGGAGCGUGAAGGUAUGGGAGUUGGGAGGGGAUGUCGGGGCUUGGGUCGAGUUCGAGACACUGCCCGAGACUGUGUGCCGGAAAUUCUUGUCCAUUUGCUAUCACAAUUACGAACACGUGUACUGUUUCUGGCAGCAGGGCUGCAUUUGUGUCUGCUGCUAUACAUGGCCCGAGAUACUGUGCUACAAGGUGUGUAGGAGGACUUGGCAUUGGCUGCCAAAGUGCCCCUCAUUGCCCGAAAAGUGGAGCUGUGGGUUUCGGUGCUUCUCGUUUGUGCCGGACCUCUAUGCUGCCGUGUAG